GAGUUGGGCGAUUUUGUUCCUUUACAACAUAAACUCUGCUAUGAUAGUUUGAUUUCAUACAAUCAGUGUACUGGAUUUUUGUUCUAAAAAACAAUUUGUUGAAUCAAGAUUGUUAUUUUUGAAAGUGAAGAAAUGUUUAACUUAUUAGUAAAGCAAGAAGUUUAUAAAAAUAUAUAUAGAUUCUUAAUGAAAGAUUUAUGAUUUAUUAUUUUUAUCACUUCCAUUUUUAAUUAUUUUAGUCAUGUCCCACAAUUCGAAACAGAUAAAAUCAGAUUCAAAAUCACACAGUGUGAAAAGAGGUUCUAAACCAGAAGUCUUAAAAAAAGAAAGCAAAUCUGAACAACAAAAAGAAAAGAUUAAAUCUUCAGUAUCAUCUGUAAAAAAAGUUUCUCAGAAUGAAAGAUAUCGUAGUGAAAGUUUAAGUAGACGAGAAUCAGUUAAACUACGAGAAUCUCCAAGGAAAGCACAAAGUGUUGAUAGAAAUCAGGCAAACAGAAACAAUUUGUCAUCUCAGGUAGCUAAAAAGGAAGUCGAUAAAAAUGCAGUGCGUGGUAAAGUUGCUGUUCCAGAUAAAAGUACAUCUACUUCAAGUUCAAGAAGUAGCAUAAAAGCUGUUGAAACAAGCAUUAGUAAAAAGGCUAGCACCUCGAGAGUUAGCACUACUAAGAAAAAUCCAAGUUCUGAAAAAUCUCAGAAAAUGGUAAAAGCUACGGAGCGUAAAACUAAUGUAGAAAUUGCUAAAAGCUUUGUAAAGAAAAAAUCAGAUUCAAAACCUAAAAAGAUAAUAAAGACAACUGAAAAUGAAAACCAGGUAUCUAAUGUACAGAAAACUAACAGUAGUAAACAAUAUCCAGACCAGGACAGUGCUCUUGAAAGACCACGAACUAGUACUAUACGAAAGGAUUCUGAACCAGGCUACGUAGUUCCUGAAAUAGAUGAAAAGGCAAAGGGAAAUGUAGUGCCUAAUAAUGGAAUAUUUGUGCCAAAUAGCAAAGACAGUUUGGAUGCUGAAUCAGAUGAUGAAAAAGCAUCUUAUGAAGAAGAUUUUGAAGACUAUGAUUCUGAUUUUGAAGACAGUGUUACUGAUUCUGUACCUGAGAGUGAAAAUGAAAAUGACAGCCUUGAAGAUGAGGAAGAUUCUGACACAUUACAUUCAGAUGGAGAGACAAAUAAUCUAAUAGGAAAUUUUGUUGACCCUAAAUUAUCUGUUGUGGAUACAUCAAAAGGUCCAGUGAGAAAGGUUGAGAAGACAUUCUUAAAUAUGAGUGAUCGCACCUCUCUUUUUCCUAAUAAAGAAUCUAUUCCCAUGGCAGAUGUAAGGCCUAUUAAAGUUUCUCGGUCUUUUAUCAAUUUUGCCUCAGCAGUUGAACAAGAAAAAAAGAAAAAUUUCAGCAGUAAAGUUAUGAAACGGGCAUCAGACUUACUGGAAAUUAUAACACCAGAUGUUAUGUCUUUUGAGGUGAUAAAUAUUCCUCCUAUGAAAUAUGAGACAUAUAUAAGAACAUUUGGAAAGUCUGAUACAAAGCAGGCAUUUGUUCAGACAGAAAACUGUGAAGAAGAAGAAGUACAAACAGAUGAAAUUGAAAUGCUUAACAAAUGGACUCAAAAUCCACCAAAUGAUAACUUAGGAUAUGGAGGGGAUAAUGUUGGAAAUAUUAUGAAUGAGUCUGAAAACUGGAAAUCGCUUUUUGCUGACCAUUCAGUGAAAUUGUCUAGUUUUUUACAGAGAAGCAGUAGUGUUAUUUUAACACUUCUUGAUGAAGAAUUCCCACCUUUCAGUGCACAAUCAAGCUCUCUCCAAAGAAGUAACUUAUUUCUCAGUGAUAGUUAUAAUAUUCUUUCGCCUGUAAAUUUCUUGAAAGAUAUUCCAGUAGUCAGUGUAAGUUGCUGCACUGAAUCUGACCGUUUCAUUAUAACUAUCCAUGAUAGUAUGGUAAAAUUAUCAUGCAGUGAAGAUUUUAUUGAAGAAAAAGGAAUAAUGUGUGUUUGGAAUCUUUGUAAUAGAAAGAUGCCAGAGUACAUUUUGAUGGCUAAUAGUCAACCAACUUGUGCAACUUUUGGUAUGGGUAGUGAUAUUGUCAUUGGAGGAAUGGUAGAUGGAGCUGUUAUGCUGUGGGACUUGAAAGAAAAUAACUCAAAUCACUCAAAAGUAAUUUUGAAUGAACAGUUUGUUCUAAAGUCACCUGCAUAUAAUACAGCUUCUGUUCUGGGAAAUGAAAAUCACAGCAGUUGUAUUGUUGCUGUUAAAACAGUGUGCAACUAUGUAAAGCAAGAUUUGGAGUCAGCUGUAGUUGAACAAAAAGAUUAUAUGAAAAGUUUCCAUGUGCUGACUUUAGAAGACAUGGGAGUUAUCAAUGUUUGGGUUGUUGUGGAAGUUUUAAAACCAGAUAUAUCUGGUUUUGAAACUGAGCUUGGCUUAGCUCCUGGUGGAAAAUUCAGAUUAGUUAGAAGUUCAUGUUUGCCUUUCUACCACCUCAGUACCUUACAGCUAAACCAGAAAACUAGCAUUCGAACUUUUGAUUUUUGUUUAGUUCCUUCAGACCCCAGCAGAAUUCUUGUUACAACAGAUAUUGGAAUUGUUCUUCAUGCAACACGACAUACUGGCAUACCUGAACCACGGUUUUAUUCUAGUGAAUCAGAAUUUUCAUCUGAAGUGCGUUGUAUUGAUUGUUCCCCUCAUAAUGAAGAGUUGUUUCUAGUUGGUUGUAGUGAUGGUAUUGCUAGAUUAUAUAAUAUAAAAUCAGCUCGCCCUGUGAUGGUAUUUCUUCAGGUUGCAAAAGGUGAUCCUGUGACUCUUUUGCAAUGGUCACCUAUUCAUCCAGUCAUGUUCUGUGCCCUCAGUUCAUCAUCAUCAUCAUUAUACCUGUGGAAUUUAAUGGAGGAUUCUCUCCAUCCUAUCCAAAGUUAUCAUUUUGAAGAUUCAAGGGUAACAUGGCUUGCCUUUAGAAAUAUUGAAAAGAACUAUGGUGAUCAAACAUCAGAGCAAUUUUUGAACAUGCUUAUUUCCAAAGAAAAUGGUGAAGUUGAAGUUCAUAUGUAUCAGGAGAAAGUUACAAAGGAGGAAUAUUUAAAGCAAAUAGAGUAUAUGCAAAAUCUGUGAUCAAGUUUUAUCAUUAAUAAAUUAAAGUUAUUAAAUAUAUUUUUGAGAAAUAAAUUCAAAUAUUUAGAAUUUUAAAA